CCGACAUGACGGAAACAGCUCACAGCCCCUUCAGAGGGAAGCGUCCUGGAGCAGAGAGACAGCCCCAAACAGAGCAGAGGUGUCUCUGAGUGAGGAGGACAGAGACAGCAAAGAGAAUGACAGGUUUAGCCCUCCUUUGUUCAACUUUGACGUCAUUUGUGUGACAUGGAGCCAGACAGGGACCUAAACCCCGACACAGAUGACCUUCCACUCCGAGCCAAUACUAACCACAUACUUGUCAGACAUUAUGUGCUGGAUAUGACUGUUCAUUUUGACAGGAAGGUCAUCAGUGGUAGUGUUGUUCUGUUCCUGGAGCCUUGCUCUGGAGUUGGGACUAAGGCUGAAGAUGACACUGGACCUGGACCUGGGACUAUAGAGGCUGGAGGGAGUCAGGAUGGACUUGGGAAUUCUACGGAGAAGAUGUUUGGUGCUAAAGAAGGAGACCGAGCUGAAUUUAAGGCUCUGUCUGAGGUUGCGUCGCAGAAUGCAGGUGACACUGAAAAUAGUCAGUCCUCACAUUCAUGGGAAACCACCAGUGACGGUGAUUUCACGUUAGUGCUGGACUGCUGUGACCUCGAUGUGUCAAAGGUCGAAGAGGUGGAUGUCACCUCUGUGUCCAGCCUCCUACCAGAGGUCGCAUCUGAGAGGUCAGGGGUCAGUUCAGUGAACCCACAAGCAGCCUUUAUUCAGAACCUUAUCUCCCUGCCCUCACGCCAAUGGAGGCAGAAGCACAAGCUGUUUUUACAGUGCAGCCGUGCCCCUGGUGCUCAGGAUGGCAGCUCACUGCAUUUUCAUAGAGACCGCUGGAGUCUGCAGGUGAGGAAGAAGGGUAUCGUAUCACCUCAGGAGUUCCCUCAUGCUCUCAGGAUCUGCUAUGAGACGAGGCCAACAGGAGGCUCUGUGAAGUGGACCAAAGACCAGGACAACAGGGUGUGUGUUUACACUGCCGGUUCUCCCAUCAACAACCGAGCCCUCUUCCCCUGCCAGGAGCCGCCUGUUGCCAUGUCAACAUGGCAGGCAACAGUACGGGCCCCCAGUGAGUGUGUGGUUUUGAUGAGUGGGGAGGAGCAGACUGUACCUAUUGAGGACGGGGACACACGUUUCUUAAUCUGGAAUUACUAUGUCACUAUGCCCAUGCCCGCCUCCACCUUCACCUUGGCAGUGGGCCACUGGCAACAAGUCACAGCAGAAAUUCCCCCAGCACUGGAAAAAGGGGUGAGGACGGAUUGCGGCAAGAGGGCCAAAGUCAGGGCUGGACCUGGGAAAUGGGCUGAGACUGAGCUUGUGUCUGGACUUGGAAGCUCUGCCAGUGACGAAGUAAAGGGCUCUCCACACCAGACUGGCAGGUAUUUUAGCGGAGACCAGACCACCCGCUUAGACUCUGCAUUCUCUUACUCUUCCCUUGAGGAUGAGGGGCUCUCUGUAACUGAUUAUUCAGGCAUGGUGGAUGACGGCAUCUCUUGUUCCCAUGGCGACUACCCUUGCCGAUUUACUGAGCGGUCGGCUGGGUCCCAGCGGGUGAUUCCACACCGUGUGUUUGGCCCCGUCUGCUUGCUGCCAAAGGCCCAGACAGGAGUCCUCAACCUGUUACCUCGAUGUUUGGCUGCAGCCCACGCCGUUCUGGGGGUUCACCCCUUUCCCCGCCUGGACGUUCUCAUCGUCCCAGCAGGGUUCUCCAGUCUGGGCAUGGCCAGCCCGCAUAUCAUUUUCCUGUCCCAGAGUGUGUUGUAUGCUGGGAGUCCUGGUUCUGGCGAGAACGGCCUGUCUCUGUGUGGCUCCAGGAUGUGCCAUGAGAUCGCCCACUCCUGGUUUGGCCUGGUUAUCGGAGCCAGAGACUGGACUGAGGAAUGGAUCAGCGAGGGCUUUGCCACGUACCUGGAGGACAUUAUCUGGGCCCAAGCACAACAACUUUCCUUACAAGAGACAGCAGGACAGUCUGACCUGAAGGCACUGCUCAGGUGGAGACGACUCUCAGAUGAGUUGCAGAACUCAGAAGAGGCACUUCAGAUCCUCAGACCUAACAUGGAGAACACUGGUCAGGCCAGUGAGUCUGGCUCCUCCACAGUUAAACAUGCACUCAACCCUGACAAAGCCUUCAUGCAAGUCCACUACCUCAAGGGUUACUUCCUCCUCAGGUUCUUGGCUAGUCAAGUGGGAGAGCAACAAUUCAUUGACUUCUUCAGAUUAUUUGUGAAGAAAUACCAUGGGCAGCUCGUUUUGUCUCAGGAUUUCCUCAGAAUGCUGCUGACAACCUUUCCCGACAUGGAGAGAAAAGGCCUCACCCUCAGUGCUAUUUAUGCUGACUGGCUCGAUCAACCGGGAAUUCCAAAGUGGCUGUAUGAAAGGAGCACCGUGUGGUCACAGGCGAGGCUGGUGGAAGAAGUCAAAGCAGAGCUCACUCAAAACCUGCCACUUUGUUGUCUCUCUCUACCUCUACCCUCUCUUCUUUUUCCCGCCUUCACCACCUCACCUCCCACACCCCCAUCCUCCCUCCUGCAGGUUGUAAAAUGGAUUCUCCUCAGUCAUAGUCAUAUGGGGAAAGGCAGAAAGCGGAAGAGAAUAGAGCCCAAGGUGAACUACACAGAGGUGACGUCAGAGCAGCUAGUGAUGCUUCUGGAGCUUCUGCUCGAGGAAGAGGAGCUGAGCACGGCAACACUGCAUGCUCUGCAGAAAACUUACAACCUGCAGAGUCAAGACGCUGAGGUCCGACAUCGCUGGUGUGAGCUGGUGGUCAAACAUGCGUACACUCAGGCUUACGGAGACGUGGAACACUUUCUGGUUCAUGACCAAGCGAUGGGUGUGUAUCUGUACGGGGAGCUGAUGGUCCAGGAGGACCCUGAGCAGCAGGCUCUGGCCAGUCGCUGCCUCUCAUUGGUCCAGGAAGAAAUGGACCAAUCAGCACGCAGAGUGGUGGAGGAGAUGGUCCUGUGACACUGGAGGUUGCUGACUACAAGCGGAGAUGACAGGAGUCUGGCAUGAGGGUCCAGCACUUACCUCCUCUUCCUCUGUACGAGAGGGGACCCUGCAGAAUCGCUCACCAGAAGGCAGUGCUCUUAUUCUACAGCCAAGGACAACUGGCAAGGUUUAGAGCGCAGCAGUACUGUUCAUUCAAGUCUGAAGAAAUAGCUUGUGUGUGUGAACCAGUAACGAUACAAACUGUUCCUAGUGGGAAAACAAUGUUGUUGACAACAUUAUUGCUGUAGUAAGAGAAGAAUUACAUCAUUUCACCUGUUUUCAGAUAGCCGGCUGAUGGGAAAAGAGAGAUUUCUGCACCUCCAUCCAUGUUUAAGAGCCCGAGCAUGUGUGUGUGUCCGUGUGUGUGUGUGUCCACGUCUGUUUAGUCUAAAGCCAUGAUCUGCUUCUCAAGCCAGAGUUUAGACUGGAAAUAGUCUCAGGCAAAUCAUGUUUUUCUACAUAAAAAAUGACUUCACUCUGGUCUGUAACAACACUGGAAAAUGUACAACCAGGGCAUUUCUACAUGUGUAAAUUAUGGUUUUACAACUGCUGUGUGAAAAAAUAAUAAUGGUUAACAUUUUUUUUCUGAGCAAUUUUAAGUGUGUUGUCAAAAUAAAAUCUCUUCUAAA